AUGUCCCAACAGCCCCCAAAUCCAAUCGACAUCUCUACGCUCUCCGUCCAACAACUCUCAGCCCUUCAAUCGCGCCUGUCCCAGGAACUCGAGCACCUGAGUGCAUCAUACCAGCGGCUGCGAGCUGCUCAGUCCAGAUUUAAAGAUUGCAUACGCAGCAUCCAGGACGGCGUGCAGGGAAAGAGUGGAGACACGCCUCUUCUCAUCCCGUUGACAACAUCCCUCUACGUCCCGGGCACACUCGCCGCGUCUUCGUCUUCGUCUUCCAAACCAACCGUCCUCGUCGAUGUCGGGACCGGAUUCUACGUUGAAAAGUUCCCCUCGGAUGGUAUCAAAUUCUACACAGAAAAAGUGGAGGAUCUCGCCAAAAACUUGUCGGAGAUCGAGAAGGUAGUGGGUGGGAAGAAUGAGAAUCUGCGUGUUAUCGAAGAUGUCUUGAGGCAGAAAAUGCUCUCGGAACAGGCUGGGAGUUCGAGAACGGGUCAGGCUCCGACACAGAUGCAAGCGGGAGCGGGCUAA